CGGAAAUGUCGUUCUGACCUUAUCUAUUGACACAUUUUCUGUCUUGAUGACUUCAGCUCUGAGAACAGAAAACAACAGUGAAUAGUAGAAAUAUUCACAGAAACCUGACUCUGCGGUUACACAGGAACGAUUCGGCGGACUGUCUCUGGUUUAAAAGACACAUUAUGAGCGUGUGGAGCCCGGAGAGUGUCCGGAGAAUCGGCGGAGCCUUCAGCCGCUGAUGUGUGAUUUCCACCCGGGAGCAGCAUGUGUCAUUAUUCGGAUCAUGUCAUUUGAAGGUAAACACCAAACCCCCCAGUGAAGCCGCCGCCAUGGCUUCGUCUCUGAGCUGCUUCAGCGGACCCGAGGUGCUGGAGGACGCGAAUCACGCCCGGGGCUUGGUGAACGAGCUCAAGCUGCUCUUCGACUGUCGCCUGCUCGGGGACGUCACCAUCGGCGUCGAGCUUGAGGAGGAGUCGCUGGAGCCCGGCGGAGGCUCGACCGGGGGUGACCCGGACCGAGUGUUCCUGUGCAGCCGCAACGUCCUCUCCGCCGCCAGCCCCUACUUCAAGAGCAUGUUCACCGGCGGCCUGAACGAGAGCGGGCAGGAGCGGGUGCUCAUCCGCGGCGUGGACCCGGAGAGCAUGUCGGUGAUCAUCGAGUACUGCUACACGGGCCGGGUGACCGUCACGGAGGGCAACGUCCAGCGGCUGUACGCGGCCGCCAACAUGCUCCAGCUGGAGUACAUCCGGAGGGCCUGCUCCAGCUUCAUGACCCGGAGGCUGGACCUCUCCAACUGUGUGGGGAUGCUGAAGUUCGCGGACACCUACGACAACACUGAGCUGAAGGAGAGCGCACGGGCUUUCAUAGCCAAGAACUUCAGCCAGCUGUGCAGCGGGGGGGACCUGUGCGAGCUGGACCUGCUGCAGCUCAGGGACCUGCUGUCUCUGGACGCUUUGGACGUGGACUGCGAGAGAAAGGUGUGCUCGGCGGCUCUGCAGUGGGUAGAGGCCAAUGCCCCGCAGAGGAGGGAGGAUGCUCUGCAGGCGCUGAGGUGUGUUCGCUGGAACCUGUUCACCGAAAAGGACAAGCUCUACCUGGAGGGCCUCAUGGCCAGGCCGGUCAUUGAGAAGUACCUCGCAUGCUUUUUCAACAGGUCCACAGAGGACAGCUGUGGCAUGUCUGAGGCACAGCAGGUGGCAAAACACAGAAUAGGCGUCAACGCAAAAGAGAUGAUCCUCUUCUUCGGCCUGCCCAACGACAACAUCAUGUGCUGUGACCCGUACUCCGAGGACCUGUAUUUCAUGGCUCCCCCCUUGGAGGACCUCAGCAGUCAGGAUUACAAACGCUCCACCAUGGAGUCAUUGAUCGCCUGUGCCACGCCUGAAAACCACCUGUACCUCGCCUCACACCUCUCUAAACACUUCUGGCUGUAUAACCCUGUGCUCAACAGCUGGCAGGAGUUGGCAGAGAGACCUCUGGGGAGGAUCCACUCUGGGAUGGGCUACCUCAACGGUCACGUGUAUCUUUUGGGAGGAAGGAACCCAGUGACGGACACCAGGCUGAAGGAGGUCGAGUGUUACAGCGUCCAGAGGAACCAGUGGACGUUUGUGGCCCCUCUGCCUCACUCUCUGGGUAAAAUGCAGGUGGUGGCGCUGAACGACCACCUCUACGUGGUGAACAAAAGGAGGAUGCUCUGCUACGAUCCCAAGAGGAACCGCUGGCGUCACUGCGGGUCGCUAAGACGAGACAAGCUUCACAAGGCCUGCGUGUUUCAGGACCAGAUCAUCUGCGUGUGUGACAUCCCCGUGGUGAAGGCCUACAGCCCCACCAGGGGGGAAUGGAAGAGGUUGGGUGACAUUCCUAUCGACAGUCGAGCUCUGAACUACCAGGUGAUCCAGCACAACAGCAAACUGCUGCUCCUCACUCAGACUUUACUACAGCACAACAAAAACAGGGUCCUCAUCCACGAGUACGACCCGACCAAGGACACCUGGAAGAACGUCAUGGCGGUGUACGUGUCCACGCUGGGGCCCGUGUGCGUUUCGACACGCGUGUACCCAGCGUGCCUCGGCUCAGCUCACAGCUUCUCUACAGAGGAGGAUGACGACAGUGGCUCCAGUGCUGACUGGGACUUUGACGGGUUGACAGACGCAGAUUCUGACUCUGGUAGCUCCAGCUCCUUCUCAGACGAGAACUGGUAGCGAUAUGCAUCACUGUGUCAAAGAAAAGUCAAAUGUAUUUGUGAUUCAACGGAUAUUAACAGGGUUCUGUCUCAUGGAGUAAGUCUCACAACCAGUUUAAAGUCAGUAUUGAAACCAGCCAUUGAGAGUAGAAGCACAAGCUGUUUUGAAGAGGAAAUGAUUUUCUUUCUAUCUUUUCAUUUUACAAAUCUUGGUCCUGACUAAUUCACUGGAGGAGGGAGGGGAGAGAAGCAGGAAUGGUUUCUUUAGUUAUUUCAGUCUUUUUCACACAGUGUGAACAAGAGCCAAGAGCGAAAGGCUUUGUUCCUCAGUUUGUACCAUGAUCUGCGAGCAGGAGGUACAGCGUGAAGUCUAGUAGUGUCACAUACAUAACUGUCUAAAAAUAGUCUCCUCUAUAGAGAAGAGUAGAGGAUCUACCAUAAUUAUUUAGCACACGCAUGAGGGCAGUUGAAUGGAGGCUGCUCGUGAGAUGUGUAGCAUUACACUUCCAUAGUAGAAGGAUGCUUGGAGAGAACAUUGUUGCAGUUAUUGAGAUCAGGUCCCCACAUCAGAUAUUUAAACAUUUGCCUAAAUGUAUGAAAAUUAAGAAAAAAAAGUAUCUUGCCUUGUUAAAGGCAGUUUACAAAAGUGUCCCGGAUCUGCCCGUUUAUCUUGAUCUGUUCCAAAUUUAUAUGGGGUUCUUCCUUGGCUCAUUUCCACUCCUCCAUAAAAGUUCACUGAAAUCCAGGAAGUCAAGUAGUUUCUGGGUUACAACAAUGAGAAAAUUAGACGCAAUAGGGUUAGAACACACCUCCGCCACGGCCUAACAGUCCCCUUGAAUUCAGUCAAACAGUCACAAACAUCCAUGAACUAUUCCCCAGAAAAAUAGGUCAAAAUGUCCCCCAAAAAACAUGCUGUCUCGCAAUGUUACAGAAAGAGAUAAAUAAAUCCUUGUGGCUUUUUUGUGAAGAAUUCGAUGGCAAACCAGCAACUUAACUGCGUCUUUCAUCAGAUACUUUGUGCUUGGUUAAUACCGAGCAGAGUGGCUGGUAUUUAACUUAACUUGACAGCUUGUCCUGAGCUAAAAAAGACUUUAAAUAUGUCAAACUGUUUGCACAUACAGAGUAGUACUCCCAAUGAUAAGUAAAUGGACAUGUUUAUAUGUAGACUGGAAUAUGCUAAUAACAUGACAACUAACAUAAUAUUUAGCUGGAAUGCAGGAGCAGUCCUGCUUAUGAUCGAUGUAAAAUCGUGACUGUGACUUUUGGAACAUAUGGCAGCUCCAGUGGCUCACGAUCAUGGCUCUGAACACUAACGGUCAUUUACAGGGCCUAAGAAUUUGCAGUUCUUGUAACGUUGGUCAUGCACGUCCCGAUGUCCCACACGGUAAUAACUGCUGUAUGAAAUGUAGAAGCCAUUGUACUAUGCUCACUCAGGUUUUGGCUUUAAAAAAAAGCCUGUAUGCCAUGAUUGAAUUGUUUUUUCUUUAGAUGUUGUGUAAUGUGAAAGCUGUUGAUGAAAAAUUAUAAAUUUUAUUGAAUUUAUUUUAAACUAUUUGUGUGUAUGAUUUUGUAUCUAUGGAUUGUUUUUUUUACUUAACACUUAUGUUACAAUCAGAAAUCCACUCACAAGGUGUUUUGACUUGUACUGUUAAGUCCUGAUUAAUUAUUUUAUGUGAGGAAGUUUUGUCUGCAUGUUUCCAACUGUCCCAGAGCCAUUGGCCUCAACAACUGCCCCGUACACUCACUUACCAGUUUAUUAUCUGUCUUGAAUCACAUUGAAGUGUUUUAAUCUGUCUAGUCUCAUUGAUGUAAAUGUGGUAGACAGAAUAUUAGAGACAGUGCAGCCUCCAAAAUGUUGAUUAAGUUGAGUUUAAAACUCAAACAUUUGAGACUGUAUUAUUUAGUUGUACAUAAUAAACUGGUAAAUGAGUGUAGAUCUUCUUGUUGUCUAUGAUGGGAGGUUGAAGUGAUUUUGUGUGCGUGCGUUCGUGCGAGAGGAGGGAGGGAGGGUUGGUUAGCUGUGGUAACAGGUGGUUUGGAUGAUUAAGCUGUUUUUGUGUUUGUCAAUUAAACAUCUGUGUCUGAUGCAGAAGAACAUGUGAGUGUGUUUUAGUUUCUUUAAGCACAUGAGGAAAAAAACAGGAACAAAACACAAGAUUCAAAUGUGAUCUAUUUUAUUUUUCAACUUUGUAGUAAAUAAAAGUAUUUAUAUGGCAACAGCAGGGUGAAAAUGAAGGUCACACUCAAUGUCAUAGUGUGCGAAAAACAGUAAAAGCUUGGGAAUAAUUCAAAGCUGUGUCUACAUUUUUAAAUACAUAUUUUACUUCCAUUGCUGGAUGUUAUAAUUUAGUUAAAUGUUGACAUUUUUCAACAAAUCAAUUUGUAGGUACAAUAAAUUGAUAAUCAGCAACACAGCGUAAUAUAUUAAGUAACAUUUCUUUGUCCACCCAAAAUUGAACAGGAAGGUGGUCAAUUUAUUGUAGCUUGUUACAACAGCAACUGCUUAGUGUGUUCAAGUUAUGGUGAGCAUGCAGCACGACACUGAAUUUAACUUAAGCUCAUCUUUUAUCAAACAUAUUUCUAGAUUGUUUUAAGAACCUGUUACUAAACAUGGAGAAGUUUGGCUUCCUCCACAUUUGUGAAACUAGCUCCCCAGAAAUGUGAGUUUUUUUAAAUCAAUGCU